ACCACAACAGUCAAUUUCGAACCAACUUAUAUUAGCAACUAUAUCGACAAAACAAAACACGACUGUCGCUACACGGUCGUACAUUGUCUUAUUUUAUCUGUGACCGUGUUAGAAAGCGAUGUUAUCGAGACGAGAUAAACUUCUAGUGCAGCCGUGGGAGGACCGACGGUACAAAGAUCACAGACUGAAAGUAAAAUCAGCCCUCCCUGCUAUCGACGACCGUCCGCCAGCGACGCGGCCGCAUGUUGUCCUCAAACUGAAGAAGUGCCAAAGGGAACUUGACAGGAAGAACAAGAUACAGAAAGACAAUUUCGGUUUGCUGCAGCGGUUGAAUAACAUUAUGAGAGAGAAACGGCUGGAUAACCAGUGGACGAAACCUCUACCUAACUUCCAACACAAAGUGGGUCUGUUCUUCGACGCGGAAUCUCUGCACAGUAGGGUAACAGCACGCUCUAACGUUGACGAAUCUCCCGACAUUUCAUACAGCAACGUCAAAUGUUACGCGUGCAAUCUCAAAAAGAAACACUUUCGACUUGAAUUGGAUGGUUCAAAACGAAAUGAACUUCUCCUACCUGCGCUUUUCUUAAAUUAAAUAUAUGAUU